GCACCACACUUUAGCUUCCCACUGUCCACAAUCCACAUGCGCGCACGUCGCACAGUCUCCUACGCUAGUAGCAACAAGGCAGCCAGCUGAGCUCCCACUCCCAGAAGAGUCCAGCGCCGCAGCAGGGGCAGGUCAGAUCAGCUCGGUCUCGCCAUGAGCAAGGAGAAGCACCACCGCGACUGGAUCCUCCGCCGUUGCUGCGGCUCCGUCGCCGCCUGCAUCCUCACGCUCGCCGCCGUGGUCGGCUUCAUCGUGCUGGUCAUCUACCUCGCGCUGCGCCCCUCCAAGCCGUCCUUCUACCUCCAGGACGUGCAGCUCCGCUCCAUCGACCUCAGCGACCCGGCGCUCUCCCUCGACCUCCAGGUCACGAUCGUGUCGCGGAACCCGAACGAGCGGGUGGGCGUGUACUACAAGACCCUGGACGCGUUCACCACGUACCGCGACGAGGCGGUGACGGUGCCGGUGUCGAUGCCGGCGGUGUACCAGGGCCACAGGGACGCGUCGGUGUGGUCGCCGGUGAUGUCGGGCGACGCGGUGCCCCUGCCGCAGUACGCGGCGGACGCCAUGAGGCAGGACAUCGCCGCGGGCUACGUGCUGCUCCACGUCAGGGUGGACGGCCGUGUCAAGUGGAAGGUCGGCAGCUGGGUCUCCGGCAGCUACCGCCUCUUCGUCAACUGCCCCGCGCUGCUCGCCGCCAGCGGGAGCGCCGGCGCCGGCGGCGCCUUUGCCGCCAGCGCCGCGUCGUUGCGGUCGGGGGUCCCCGCCGGCGUCAACACCACCGUCUCGCUCAAGUUCACGCAUCCGGCCGACUGCACGGUCGACGUGUGACUUUGUGACGACGGCGGGCGUUCGAGUUUUCUUGUAGCAAAUGUUCUCAUAUAUUUUCCCUUCCGAACCUGUGCAGAAUAAGUUAUUAAGCUAUUCUAUAUCUAGCUAUACUUGCGUCAUAGAUUAUUUUGUUAUAUUAGAGGGGUUUCAAGAGGGAACGAUAUGCAUGCAAAGUAUAAAUGGAUCUUUUACAUCACCUUGAUACUAAAAAAAGAGUGCCCCGUCUAUAGUGGGAGACUACAGUCCAAUA